AUGGCGGAGACGGCGAUCACGACGGUGCUGGCGAAGGUGGCGGAGCUGGUAGCCUGGGAAGCCGCAGUGCUGCUGGAGGUGGGCGACGACGUGCGCCUCCUCCGCGACAAGCUCGAGUGGCUCCACACCUUCAUCCGCGACGCCGACCGCAGGCGCCGCCUCCGCGACGACGAGUUCGUCGCCGUCUGGGUGCGCCAGACCCGCGACGUCGCGUUCGAGGCCGAGGACGCGCUCGACGACUUCCUCCACCGCGCAGGGCGACACCGCCGCCGACGCAACCCGCCCCCGGCGCUCCCCACCGGGGCUCGGUGCUCCGCGUGGCGGUGGCGGUGGCAGUGGCAGUGGCCCCGCCGCCCGCGCUGCGCGGGGCUGCAGGUCGCGCUCCGCCACGACCUCUCCGCCCGCGUCCGCCAGAUCAGGAAGAGGCUCGACGAGAUCUCCGCCAACCGCGCCGCCUACAACAUCGAGCACGCGCCGGCGCCCACCUGGGCCGCUUCCUCCGCCACCACCCUCGCCGCAUGGGAUGAUCUGGAGGAGUACACUGUCGGCUUCGACAAGUACAGCAACAUGCUCAGGGAGCAGCUCCUCGACGUCGACGCUGUCUCUGGCCGCGCCGUCGUCUCCAUCACGGGCGAGAGCAGCAUCGGCAAGACCACGCUAGCUCACAAGGUCUACCAGAGCCCCGAGGUCCGCAACCACUUCGCCAUACGCACCUGGACGGUGCUCCCUCCCAACAGCCGCCCAUCCGACGUGCUCCGUGACAUCCGUAGGCAGGCCGGCUCCCAGCUUCGGCGGUUCACGUCCCACGGCCAGGUUGUGGAAGAUGGUGGUGGCUGCGACGCUGGCAACAAGGGCAAGGACAUCAGCAACUCGCUGUUCCGGAACAUGACCGGCAGGCGGUACCUCGUCGUGGUCGAUGGCAGCAUCGCGGUUGCUGACUGGAACAGCCUCCGGGCGUCGCUCCCCGAUGAGGGCAACGGCAGCAGGGUGUUGCUGGUCACCGACGCGGCGGGGCUGGAGGUUGUGGGCUACGCCGGUGGCCCGACGUACGACCCCAUCGAGCUGACGCGGCUCAACCCGGAGAACACAUACGAGCUGUUCCGGCGCAGGGUGUUUGGCCGCCGCGGCGACUGCCCUGGGCGGUACAAGUCGAGGUACUACCAAGACGUGUUCCGGAUCACCCGUGGCCUGCCACUGUCCGUCGUCGUCCUUGCGGGCGUGCUCCGGUCCAAGGAACUGCCGGUGGAGUGGGAUCAAGUGAUGAUGCAGCUGCUGGCGGCAAGGGACCAGCCACAGUGCAAGAACAGCAACGGCGGGAGGCGGAUAAUGUCGCUGGCAUUCGACGACCUGCCGCACCACCUCAAGUCAUGCUUCCUCUACUUUGCGGCGAUGCCAGAGAGCGUGCACGUGAACGCGGCGAGGCUGGUGAGGCUGUGGGUCGCUGAGGGGUUUGUCCGGCCGCGACGUGGGAGCACCAUGGAGGAGGUCGGGCAGGGGUACCUCAAGGAGCUCAUCUCCCGGUGCAUGGUGCAGCUGGUAGACAAGGACGAGUUCGGCACUGUGAGGACGGUGGUGGUGCAUGACCGUCUCCACGCCUUUGCCCAGGACGAGGCGCAGGAGGCGUGUUUCGUCGAGAGCCACGACAGCACCGACGUGCUCGCCCCCGCCACCGUGCGCCGCCUGGCUGUCCAGAACACCACCGACAAACAUGUCCACCUCGGCAACGCACUGCCCAAGCACCGCACCAUCGUCUGCGACUUCGUCAAUGGCAGUACUACCAAGCCCAGCGUCUGCUUCCACUCCACCGACCUGGGCUUCCUCCAUGCUUCCAAGUUCCUCCGCGUCAUCGACAUCCAUGGCCUUGAGCUCAAGAAAUUACCAAAUGAGAUCGGCUCAAUGAUCCACAUAAGGUACCUUGGCCUUCAGUGCGGUCAGUUGGAGAGGCUGCCGAGCACGAUAAACAAGCUGGUGAACCUGCAGUCACUGAUACUCAAGGGCAGCAAUGGCAUGCUGGGCGUGACCGCCGCGUUCUGGAUGAUCCCAACGCUGCGGCACGUCGUGGCACCGUUCGCGCUGCCCAAGUGCUUGGGUGACCUGUACAGCCUCCAGACGCUCCAUGGCGUGCAGCCGCACUGCUGGGACACACGUAUCGGUGCCGGCAACCCGCUGGGGAGGGCCACUAACCUCCGGUCGCUGGAGCUCAGCGGGCUCACCGCCGCGCACGUCGGCACGCUGACUUCUGCACUGGAGAGCCUCGACCUGCUGGUACACCUGGUGCUGCAGGGCGAAUCACUGCCACGGGCCGUGUUCACCGUCCCGAGCCUGCGGCGGCUGCAGAGCUUAAGGCUGGUGGGGUCCAUGGACGAAGAUGAGGACGAGGAGGAGGCCGAUGACGUUGCCGUCCGGUACAUCCGGCCGAACCUGACGAGGCUGUCGAUGUGGUACACGAUGGUGGGGCAGAGCUUCGUGGACAUGCUGGGCGAGCUGCCGAGCCUGGCAGAGCUGAAGCUGAUGUGGGGCGCCUACGACGGCGAGCAGCUGGUGUUCCAGGACGGCGGGUUCUCGGGACUGCAUACGCUGGGGCUGGCGCUGCCGGAGCUGGAGGAAUGGACGGUGAGAUCAGGGUCCAUGGCGGCGCUGGUGACGCUGACGCUGUUCCGGUGCGCCAACGUGCAGAUGCUCCCAGAGGCUCUGGCCGGGAUGAAGGAGCUGGAGGAGGUUGUGCUGUUCAAAAUGCCGAAGAUGGUGGGGAGGAUCGAGGAGGGAGGCGAGGAUCACCACAAGAUCAAGCAUGUCCCUGUCGUUCAGACCAUCCGGUAGAGAGUGCCAUCCAAAGUUCCAAACCAUGCUAUCACAAUACUUACAGGAACAACAGAGCAUUGCUACUUUCUUAUAUGCACUUGUAUUAUCAUGUAUGCAUCUGAAUGUGCAAAUGUAUUACCUUGAACAUUUUGGAUUUAACAGAA